CUCACUGAUCAAGCCCAGUCACUAGUUUAUGUUUCUCUUCAAAAGCCCAAAGAAACAAAUAGUCCCCAACCCAAAACCCCAGAUUCCUGUUCGGGUCAGAACUCAGAUCCCAAGUUUAUUAGCGGCGGUGACAGUGAAGCCGGCCAGGCUGUAAUGCGGAGGAACAUCAUCAGCCGAGUGAUUGUCAUCGGAAACGGCGUCGCUGGAGCCGAAAAUCAAUGCAUUGGUUUAAUCAGAGCUCUAGGUUUUUCUCAUCCUCAUUCUUUUUAUCGUGUUACGAGGCCGAGGGGAGGAAUUAAUGAAAGACUUCACUGGCUUUCUGUUCCUCUCCAUAGGAAAAUUGAUCGCUUUUUAAGGCAAACAAGUGGACAUGAAUUAUAUCGGCUUGGUGCCAUAGGGAAUAGCCGGGUGUUACCAUCGGCUGACAAUGCAGGCUCCUCCUCUUUUUUAGAAGCUGAUGCAAAGCAGAUUGCAAUUUCAGCUCGUGAAACACGUGAGAAGUAUGGACCAUUAUUGGUGGUUGCAUCUGGCCGGGAUACGAUACCUGUUUCAAGUUCCAUUAAACGGUUAGCUCCAGAACAUGUUUUUGUUGUUCAGAUACAACAUCCAAGAUCAAAUCUCAAAAGGUUUGAUUUGGUUAUUACUCCACGCCAUGAUUACUAUCCAUUGACUCCCCAAGCACAAGAGCAAGUUCCAUGGUUUCUUCGUAGGUGGAUAACUCCGCGGGAGCAUCCUGGGAAGAAUGUGAUCCUCACUGUUGGAGCUCUACAUCAAGCUGAUUCAACUGCUUUGCAAAAUGCAGCUUCUGCUUGGCAUGAUAAACUGGCACCACUGCUGAAACCCUUACUUGUGGUUAACAUUGGAGGACCUACAAGUCAUUGUCAAUAUGGCACAGACCUUGCCAAGCAGUUGACAGCCUCACUAGCAAAUAUCCUUCCGAGUUGUGGAAGUGUGAGGAUAUCUUUCUCUAGAAGAACUCCAGCCAAGAUAUCUGAUAUUAUACUGCGAGCAUUUCAUGAUAAUCCUAAGGUUCACAUCUGGGAUGGCAGUGACCCGAAUCCACACAUGGGGAAUCUAGCUUGGGCAGAUGCGUUUGUCAUCACUGCUGAUUCAGUCAGUAUGUUAAGUGAGGCUUGUAGCACAGGGAAGCCUGUGUAUGUAAUUGGUUCAGAGAGAUGUACAUGGAAGUUUGCUGAUUUCCAGAAAUCCCUGUUUGAGCGAGGAGUGCUUCGACCUUUCACUGGCAAAGAAAAUGUUUCCGAAAGUUGGAGCUAUGUUCCUUUAAGUGACACUGCAGAUGCAGCAGUUCAGGUGAUCAAGGCACUUGCAACACGUGGAUGGAAAUUAGUCAUAGUAGCGCAUGAAAUGUUGUAUUUCUCUGGCAAUUGUACCAUUCUUCCAGAUGCUUCUACUGAGUUUUGUGUAGAAAUUCUAGUUGUUGAAUUGAUCUAUUGGAAAUUAAUUUACUCUACAAAUUUUGAGCAUCUAUACUUGUGCACUUAGUAGUUAAUGUUGUUAUCACUUUCUUAGAGGGAUGUAACAUAA